UCUAGAGGUUAGCCAUGACAACAAUGGCAGCAACGAGCAAAGGGGGACCUUGUCUUAAUCUUAUAACAGAGGGGUUGGGGAAUCAAGAGAGGAAGAUCAAUGUGGGUGUGGGUGGAGGAGCUCACAGUGUGGGUAUCCAUGCAUGGAAAGGUUUUACAUUGAGAAAAAGAGAAGUGAGAGGAGGAUGGUUGGCUGUGAAAGCCAGCAGUAGCAGCAGUUAUCAAAGUGUAGAUCAGAUCCAAAGAAGGGUUAAUGGGAUUAAGGUGGGGAAGAGAGGUGGUGUUGUGGAUGUGCCCAUUCAUGCAUUCAAGCUUGGGAGGUUCGUGGAGGAUCGCUUUGUCUAUCGACAGACCUUCAUUAUCAGGUCUUAUGAGAUUGGACCAGACAAGACUGCCACCAUGGAGACCCUUAUGAAUCUCCUUCAGGAAACAGCUCUGAAUCAUGUAAUGAGCUCAGGCCUGGCCGGUGACGGUUUUGGGGCAACACAGGAGAUGAGUCUCAGAAAGCUUAUAUGGGUUGUCACCCGCAUACACAUACAAGUUGACAAAUACAGUUCCUGGGGGGAUGUAGUUGAGAUUGAUACGUGGGUAGAUGCAUUAGGGAAAAAUGGGAUGCGCAGGGACUGGAUAAUCAGGGACUACAGCACCCAACAGAUCAUAACAAGAGCUACAAGCACAUGGGUAACCAUGAACAGAGAAACAAGAAAGUUGUCUAAGAUCCCUCAACAAGUCAAAGAAGAAGUGAAACCCUUCUACCUGGACAGGAAAGCAACUGUUGCAGCCACAAACGACAACCACCAAAUCAGCAAACUGAGUGAAGAAACUGCAGAGAGCAUCAGAUCAGGAUUAGCUCCAAGAUGGAGUGAUAUGGAUGCCAAUCAGCACGUAAACAAUGUGAAAUACAUUGGAUGGAUUAUGGAGAGCGUACCAUUGAAUGUCUUGGAAGAGUAUGAUCUCCGAAGCAUGACUCUGGAGUACCGACGCGAAUGUCGGCAGUCGCAUUUACUCGAAUCCUUGACAAAAAUGAAAGCAAGUGUAGCUGAAGAUUCUGACCCUGAGAAUACAAGUACAUUUGGAAGAGAAUUGGAAAGCACUCACCUUCUCCGCAUGCAAGAAGAUAAGGCAGAAAUAGUUCGGGCAAGAGCAGAAUGGCAAACCAAGUGA